CACCUAUAGGUGUGGUGCAGAGGCGCCCCUUUCCCAUCCCAAGAUACCACUCUUGACAUAAACCCAAUCUUUCGCAUUUGUACGGGAAUGUUGGAAUGAUACUAGCUUGACAUUUCGCGCUCACCAUGGAGGCAUCUCUCUCACUUCAAGCAGAAUCUCUCAUUGCAAGGCUUGCUAUGAGAUGCUCCAAGAAUGACGAUUUCGGUUCCAUGUCAUCCUCGAUAUACGAUACUGCAUGGUUAGCAAUGAUAAAGAAACCUGACGGCCAAGAAUGGUUGUUUCCGGAAUGCUUUGACUUUAUUCUGAAGUGUCAACAACCACUAGGCGACUGGGAUUCGUAUUCAACAUCCAUGGAUGGCAUACUGAACACCGCUGCAAGUUUGUUGGCUCUCAGGAAACAUUUAGAAGAGUCUCCUGGGAAUGUCGACUGGGUGGCAAGGAGUAUAAAGGCCGAGCGAAUUCUGGGCAGGAUGCUUGAUUCCUUGGAUGUCAACAAUGCUGAUCAGGCGACGUUUGGUAUACUGAUUAUCAAGCAUGUAGAACUGUUACGCGAUCACGGUAUUAUCCUGAAGUCUCGUAAACUUGAAGACCUCCGGAAGUUUCGCGAAAUGAAGCUGGCCAUGCUGUCUCCGACUUCAGUUUACGACACUCCUUCUACGUUAUACUACUCUCUCGAAGCCCUGAUAGGACAUAUAGACUACGAUAAAAUAUCUCGUUGGCGAGAGCCUAAUGGGUCAAUGAUGGGUUCCCCAUCAUCAACAGCUGCAUAUCUCAUGUAUGCAUCAUCGUGGGACAGUUCAGCCGAAACAUACCUCAGAAAUGUAUUGAAGUUCGGGUAUGGAAACGGUGACGGAGGAGUACCUUCUGCCUUUCCUUCAUCUCUUUUUGAGACUGCUUGGACAGUUUCUACUCUUUUAGGAGCUGGAUUCCAUAUUGCGGAAGAUGAAGCUAGAACCGUUGGGACAUUCCUGCAACAAGCUCUGGAGCUAAAAGGCGUCGUCGGGUUUGCCCCUGGAUCAUACCCUGACGCUGACGACGCUGCGAAGACUCUGAUAACGCUCCGUAGUCUUGGAUACUCGCCAAGUGCUGACGGUCUUCUCGCUUUCGAGACGCAAAGCCAUUUCACAACUUACCCCAAAGAGCGGUACCCGAGCUUCAGUACGAACUGCCAUGUACUUAGCGCACUUCUUAAGAGCAGUGAUCCGGUUCGCUAUGUCUCUCAAAUUCAUAAAGCGACUGUCUAUUUGACCUCGCGCGCACUCGCGAGUCGCUGGGGAGAUAAAUGGGUAAGGGGACUGCUACACAUGUCACAAUCUCAGCAGAUAUACUUACAUUGAAACUUAGAAUCGUUCGAAGUACUACGCUAUGAUGUUGCUAGCACAGUCUUACGAGUCACUAUAUCGGCACCUGGACUUGGCUAAGGAAGUAUUCAAGAUUCUGCCGGACUUGGAAGACCAAAUCCC